AUGCAGAUCUUCGCUAUCCUCUCCUCUGCUGCCGUCGCCUCUGCCGCCAUCAUGGGCAAGCGCGACACUGUCUACGCCGUCUCUGACUUCAGCGCCGGCUGCAUCCCCCACAGCACUCAGUGCCUCUACAACUUCGGUGUCCUCCAGACCGGCACCAUGGAGACUACUCCCGUCACCUGCAAGGCUCUCGUGAGCGCAAACACCGACGGCACUCUGCCCGACGUCCAGGAGGGUACCUGCGAGGAGUCUUCCCGUACCUUCUCCGUCGUCCGCAGCGACGCCGGCCUCACCCUCACCGUCUCUCAGCCCGUCACCCCCAGCUCCAACCAGACUGGCUCUCACCUCCUCCCCAGCGACGAGUUCGCGAUCUCCAACGAGCCCAACGCUGUUGUCGAGAGCUACACUGGCCCUACUGCUUUCAACUUGGAGUAA